CGUGUCCAUGGGAGAGUUCAACUGUAAAAGUCUUUCUACACUUUGGGAAGCGGAGAGCACGGGAUGUUUUCCGCUGUCCCGUUCCGCAAAGCAACUUCAAAUCUCGCGCGACGUGGAGAAGGAGGAGGAGGGAUCGACAGCUGCAAGAUGGCGGCCGACCUGCUGUGUUAUGAACUGAGUCAUCGUAAAUUGUGAAGGGAGCGACCUGACUGCGCUAGGGGAGUUUUUAACUUAGGUGGAAAAAUAUCCAGUUGUGAAGAAGGAAUUUCAGAUUUUUAAAAAAUGAGUGGUGGAUUGGCACCAAGCAAAAGCACAGUAUAUGUAUCUAACUUGCCAUUUUCACUGACGAACAGUGAUCUGCACAAGAUUUUUUCCAAGUAUGGCACAGUGGUCAAAGUUACAGUAUUGAGGGAUAAAGAUUCCAGAAAAAGUAAAGGUGUGGCAUUUGUUCUAUUUCUGGAUAGAGAAUCAGCAUAUAACUGUACGAGGGCACUUAACAACAAGCAAUUGUUUGGCAGAACAGUGAAAGCAAGUAUUGCAGUUGACAAUGGUAGAGCGUCUGAAUUCAUAAGGCGGCGGAAUUACACAGACAAAUCUAGAUGUUAUGAAUGUGGUGAUUAUGGCCAUUUGAGUUAUGCAUGCCCAAAAAAUAUGCUUGGAGAGCGAGAACCUCCGAAAAAGAAAGAGAAAAAGAAAAAGAAAAAAAUCACUGAGCCAGAAGAAAUUGAGGAUGAGGAGCAGCAGGAAGAAAGUGAAGACGAAGGAGAAGACCCUGCCCUUGAAAGCUUGAGUCAAGCUAUUGCUUUUCAGCAAGCAAAAAUUGAGGCGGAAGAGCUUAGACGUAAACAGACUGCUGGUGAUGCAAGUGAAUGUUCAACAUCUGAACUGUCGAAACGUCCACGAAUAAAAAAGAGUGCAUAUUUCAGUGAUGAAGAGGAGCUGAGUGAUUAAUUUUUUUUGUAACAACAAGGAAUAUAAAUGUGUAAUGGAGAUUUGGUGUUUGAAAAUAAAACUCCAGAUUAUUUUAGACAAUAGUUUCAGGCUCUUGUCCUGCUCCUCUGGUGCUGCUUGGCCUGCUGUAUUCAUCUAGCUCCGCACCUUGUUAUCUCUUAUGAAAGAUUUGUGGACCGGACAUUUUAAUACUUUUUUGUAAUUCCUGAGUUUUUCUUUUGAAGUGCAUUCAUUAUUCAUUGUCAUGAUGCAAACCUCCACACUGGCUGGACAAAAUUGUUUUCACCCCCUUGGGGAAACAGUAUCUUGCAAUCUAAGUAUGCAAACAAUUCCCAUUAAACAUAGUUAACUGCAAUGGGAAAAUAAUCUAUGAUGUAUCAGUCAGUGAUUCUCAAUUACCACUGCAGGCAUUAGGAAUGAGAAACACAGAUUGAAAACUUGUGUAUAAAAAUAAGUCCAUUUUUGAGCUCCUCUUCUUCCCUUACAAUGUGUAAAGUUCAUUCGCUCUCUCCCUCUCCCCCGCAAACUGAGGGCAUUGUGAUUUCCUUUCAAUACAUCACAAUUGUAGUGUCAUGUUUUGUAGAAAUUGUAUCAUCCUCCUUAUUUUGCUUUAUUAACUUUAUAGUCCCAAAUUGCUGGAUUAUAUCUUUAAACUGUUACUUCUCUUGUAAAUUAUAGCAUUUCAGUUUAUGCAUUUGGCUCAUCUAGCCAAAUGAAAGCAAAAUUAUAAUACUUCCAAAAUAAAAAUAAAAUUCUGGAUAAAAUUCUGGCAGCAGAUUAGGCAUCUUCGACAGACUGAGAAACGUUUAAUGUUUCCGUUCAAUGAAUCUUUGUUAAAAGUUAAGUAUAAAAGCUUUGAGAUCAUGUAUCACAAUUUCAAGUAUUAAUUUUUAUUUAUUAGGAAAGAAUGGCAGUUAUUCUAAGGUGUUUUAUCUUGAUUUUGAUUGGAAGCAACUUUGAAACUGGAAUAUCAUCUCACCAGUCAUUGAAUACUGACUUCAGACAGGAUCUCUGGAUCAAACUAGACUUCAUGGACUUAAUGUAGUGGUGUUUAAAUUACAGCACAUUGGCUAUUUUGCAGCCUAUAAGUUCUGAUAUACUGACUCUCUCAAAUUCUCUACUUACACAUGUGUUUCUUUCUUGCUGGUUAUGCUGUUAUAAUUUCAAAGGUCUGUUAGUUCGAAAGGAGAUCUUGCUGCUAUUGUCUCACUUGGUGAAUAAAUGCAAAAUUAGAGCAUGAACAACCAUUUGUACCCACUGUUUAGGAUAAACAGCAAUAGUAAUUCGCCAUUUACAAGAUAACUGCAAAAAUCUAAGUGUUGUAUGUAGGCAGCCAAUAAAGUUAAAAAGCUUGACCCUCCUACUUUAACAAGAAAAUUUGUUUCAGCAGAACUUCAACUUAGCAGCAGAAUAAUAGAGAUAACAAGAUGUGGAGCUGGAUGAACACUGCAGGCCAAGCAGCAUCAGAGGA